CAUUGGGACUCAAGAAGCGCCUCUACGGAUCCCCGUCUCGUGCUUACCUUACCUUAGGUACACCGUCAGGUCCGUUUUGGCCCAGGGACAGCGGGUACUAUUGUGCCUGCUGGCAAUGCCAUAUCCUGUACUCCGUACUCCGUACUCCGUAUCGCCGCUAGAGAAUGCGGUUCCGCACAUGUGCUUUGAACACUUCAAAUUGCAGAGAGGGCUGAGAACACGCUGCCUUGCCUUGCCGUGCUUGCCUUGCCUUGCCUUGCAUAGCUCUAGCCAUAUUGGUUUUUGCGAGCCGUUGCCCAGAUAGACCACCAUCCCAUCAUGAAGAAGACGACUUGAAUGUAGAUUUGGUGCCCCUGACAGAAACCCAAACUCUCACAAGCAAAGUCAAGCUCAGCCUAACAGCUUCAGAGUCCGAAAUGAAACCAAAAAAAGUAUACCUGGGAAAAGCGCACCAGAAAAGAGAGGAAGAGAAAGAGAAUAGCUGCCGCGAGACACAUACACACCACACCUGUUUCUUGCUCCCACACCCAAGUCGGUAUCCCUUCCCUGCCCGCAAGCCCAGGGGUGGCCCCCCUUCUUCUUUCUACUUUCUCGUGCGCGUUCCCAUUCCAUUCCCUCCUCUCCCAAGCAAGACCUGGCUGGACCCUUUUUUUUUACUCUCUCUCUCUCUCUCCCCCCCCUCUCUCUCUCUCUUUCCCGUCUUCCCCCCCCCCUUCCCUUUUCCUACUGGGAAUUGUUGUUCCCGAUGCUCGCCUUGUCUUCCACACACCCCCAGACCUAGCAAAGUCAGGUCCUCCUUUUUUCCUUUUCGUGUUCAGUGCGCCUUUGAUUUAGCUACCUCCCCCUGCUGGCCCAUUUGCCCAGUUGCUCGCCUCAGUGCCUGUUUCCUUGGACCUUGCUUGGUCACCCACUUCGUCUUCCGCCGUCGUGUCGUGUCGUCCCGCUGCCUGAGCUCCAUUGCGCUGCGCUCAACCCGAGGCGUCUUCGCUCUAUUGUAUCCCAUACUACGCAUACCCAACGAUUCAGAGUGUUUUCCCUGGUCCGUACGGUACCUUACUAGAGCACACAUAGCAGUCACACUGUCACAGUCCUCGCUAUCUCAAUCUCUCUCUACUGGUCCUCGGGACGCCGAACGCCACCACCUUGUCCGGCUCCCGUCAGCUCAGCCCAGCCCAUUCUCGACCACACCGUCCUGUCUUCUUGACAAUCGAGAGUAGCUUCAAAGUCAGAGUCAGAGUAAUAACCAUCAGGUGUUUCCCCCCCUUCUCUCUCUCUUUCUCUCUCUGUCUCUGCUCUCUCAUCCUUCGCCCAGGGCAUCCAUCACCGCUCCAGAAAGUCACAACUCAACCAAGCAAAUAGCCAAGCAACCACACCCCCCAGGUCCAUACCGGGUUCAGAUCGCCACUUGUGCCGUCACGUCAGAACCCCCCCCGCAACCUUCUUUUCUCUCUAAAAGACCCCCCACUGCCUGUCCCUUU